AUGGCAAGCUUUGACUGGCCAACGGACACUCUCUUGGUUGGUCAAUCUUCCCAAGCUGGUGGAACCAGUAGGCUGACCAGUCGUGCUUCAGCUGAGAACAACAUCGAUGGAGCGUAUAGCUUGGUCAUGGAGCCUUAUAAACCUCUAGCUUUGUAUUACAGGAGCACCAACACACCUCGCCCAACUCUAAUGCUUUAUUGGACUUCUAGCGAAUGGUUCACCAUGGACAAGGGUAGUUUGACCAAUCUAACUCUGACUUCAGUCCCAGAUACCGAUCAGGGUUUUCUAUAUUCCUUGAGAGCAUAUGCACGCUAUGUUUUUAACAUUGACGAUCUCUCGCUGAAAUUGACGCUCCAAUUCCAGACUUCGUAUGACGACAAGAACAGACCAUUGCAGCUUCCGAUUCCGACAGCCUCCACAAUUGUAAAAUCUGAAAUUAUUCUUCGUUAACUUCCGAUUCAGG